AUGGUACUCCAGGAUGUUCACUUCGCCGAUAUGACUUUCGAGCAGUGGCAGACUACCGUCUCCCCAAAAGUACAAGGAACUUGGAACCUCCACUACGCCCUUCAAUCACAGAGAGAUCCCCUUGAUUUCUUCUUCCUCUUUAGUUCCCUCUCAGGUUUAGGAGGACAAAUUGGCCAGGCCAACUACGCUGCUGGAAACGCAUUUCUCGACGCGUUUGUUCAGUACCGGCAUUCCCAGGGCCUAGUAUGUUCUGUGCUCGAUAUCGGCAUCAUGGAAGACAUCGGUAUUCUCGCUAGGGAGGCCAAUCGCCUAGAAGCUCUUCGCUCAACCUCUCAGCAUUGUCUUCAUGAGCAGGACCUCCUUGAUGCCAUGGAGCUGAUGAUCGGAAGAUCUCAUGCAAAGAAGAUGUAUACGCCGCCCUUAUUGCAUUCGAUGGAGAGCUACUCGAACCCAAGUCAGCUUGCCAUAGGAAUGCGAUCUUCAUCUUCGGUAAACAGAACCGGCUGGCAGCAAGAUCCACGCGCCGGGUUUCUAGCAAAGACUGUGCCUGUAGACGGUCCUAUCAAUCAGCACAAAUCAGAAAGCACUCUGAAAAACUAUCUUCAGAGAUGUGUGUUGGAUCCUUCGCAGCUAGAAUCUGACGAGGCGAAACACUUCCUGGCUGUGGAGAUUGGGGCCGCGUUGCGAGGCUUCAUGAUGCUCCAGGAUGAAGAAGUCGAUCUGACAAGGCCACUACAAACGGAUUCCUUGGUCACUGUAGAGCUUCGAAACUGGCUGAGACAAAAAGUUGGUGUAGUCCUCAAUGUUCUCGAGAUGAAGAGUGCAGCGAGUGUGAUCGCGCUGGGUGGUUUGGUAGCGGUGAGGCUUUCGGCCGCGUACAAGAAUCGCGUGCAAGACGUUGGUGUCAUUUGA